AAUGAGCUCAUGGAUGGACCUUUGCGCUGUUGAAUAACCAUUUAACUGUUAGCAUCAUGUCCGGUUUCUGUAUGUUUGUUAUUUGAAUGAGUUUUAUUAAAACAAAAAUAAUAAUUAAAAUAUAAUCACAGAUGUGCAGUAUUACAAAAUAUCCAUCAUAUGAUUUCUGAGGGCAGAGUUAACGGAGCGCGUGAGUUUGGUGAAUCUUCAAUCGUCGCUCCUCUCAUCUACUCGAGGUGCUCGCGUGAUGAUCACACACUUUGUACGUAAUGUACAUGCUAUUUGGUAGCUCGUAAAUCUUUUAUAGGGUUUUGUCGGCGGAGAAUCGCCGCAGCACCAGUGUUCACCGCCUGUUUACAUUUGAACUUUCUGCAGAUCUGCAGAGAUGUCCGCCCUGUUCCCGUCUCUGUUUCCGCGGGUGACAGAGUCUCUGUGGUUUAAUCUGGACCGGCCCUGUGUGGAUGAAGCAGAGCUCAACCAGCAGGAGCAGCAACAUCAGACCUGGUUGCAGAGUAUCGUAGAGAAGGAUAAUAACCUGAUGCCCAUCGGCCGACCCAUCUUUGAGACCUUCGAUGAGGAAGAGGAGGAGGAUGAUGAAGACGAGGAAGACAGUGAGGAAGACUCAGAAGAUGAUGAAGACAUGCAGGACAUGGACGACAUGAACAUCUACAACGAGUUCCCUGAUGAUGGAGAGAUCAAUGAGGUGGAUAUGGAGGGAGCGGAUCAGGACCAGGACCAGUGGAUGAUCUAGAGCCGUAGAUCCACAAAGACAGACAACUGAGGAACGUGUGUGUGUGUGUGUGUGUGUGUGUGU